GUUUUCAGCAGAUGGCCUUGGAAAUCCUCCCGCAGCCAAGUGGAGGCAAAGAUUUAGGAAUUGUCUACAAUCCCAGAGCGAAAAAGAUUUCCAUCUAUGAUGAUGACAGAUUUUACAGGAGAGCAUAUGUGGUUACAAAUACAGCACGAACUAAGCUUGAGGAAACUAAUAGAGCAUUCAGAGUACCAAGAGGAACUGAAGUAUGACUUCAAUAUAAAAGGGGAACUGAGGCAUCUGGAUACAAAUCAGUCCUUUGUUUUCAAUUAUUACAAGAAUGCACAUGAGCAGAAUCAUAAACGCUAUCAAGUUUUGGGACACUUGAUUACCCAAUACGUUUAUGAGCUCCUGGAAAGAGUCUGCAUGCUGCAGAAAGUUUCUAUUCCUACUGAUGCUACAGAGGAGGAACCAAGAAGUUUCUUUUUCAUGAGCGAGAAUGCACUAACAAGUUCCUCUAGCCUAAUUGUCCUUCUUCAAGACCGUGGAGUUUUCCAUGCCGGACAGUGGGGGCAAAGGACAAUUGUCAGUGAGGGCCUGGGGCAUGGAACACAAAUACCAUUCAUCAAAAUGGCCCUUCAAACCCACGGGGGAGUGAUUGUACUGAAUCCCAAUGACAACUUCGUUGAUCUGAAGACUGAAAAUGAGAGGUUAAGCUUUUCUACCAGGGAAGAAGCACUGACUUCUACGCAGUCCGUCCGCUGGAUCCCCAAGAGGGGCAGCAGCAGCCCCGAGGAGCAUACCAUGUACGUAUGGGAUCAUUUCAUUUCAAAGAGUGCAGCCAAGAACGUGGCCUUCAUUGCCCAUGGCUAUGGUGGCUUGGUGUUCGUUGAUCUGCUGGUGCAGAGAAAAUGGGAGGUAAUGAAUAAAGUGUACUCUGUGGCAUUCAUCGACUCCAUGCACAACAUGCAGCACCAGACUAGAAGUGAUCCGCAAAUACAAGAAUGGAUACAGAAAUACUGCUGUGAAUGGGUGUCAAACAGUAAGCCUCUAGAUAAAGCUGUGGGUUCUCUCGUGAAAAUGAAUUGUCCUACUGUCUCUGCUGGAACGGAAAAGUAUGGUUUAGCACCCUCCUGCUGCUUACAUGCCAUCUUUAAGUACCUGAAGAGCACGCUGAAAGCCAAGACCACAACAGCCUUUAGGCAUUCACCUGUUGCAACGAGAAGCAGCACAAGUAAGAAGAGAGGCAAUAAAUAAAGGUAUGCUGAUUUGUUCUUGAUAGUGGUCUCUUCCUUUCAUAAUUGCCCCUGCAGCUUUCAGUCAUCUAAGGACCUGCAUCUCACUGUGGAGCAACUUACAGUUCUAAGUUUGAAGCUAGUUUGUUUGGUUUUGAGAAACAAACAAAUACAAGUUAACUAUUAGGAAAGAAGUGCAUUGUUGAAAGCUUUAAGCCACAACCCUUCAGCUAGCUGUGAAAUUUAAAGCUGCACAAAAUAAAGAUGUUAAGGUACACCAACUCUUAUCUGUAUCAUUUUUUAAAAUCAACGUUCUGCAGUUAUGGCUCUAUAAUCAGACUAAACUAUCAGGAAAACACUCACUUAAGUGCAUAGCUUUCAUUAAAAGUACAAAUCUGAAAUACAAAAAGCAUGUAAAGGAUCUAUUUCCUCCUCACUACAUACCAUAUAGUGUUUAAAAUCUUUCAGGAGCUGGAACAUCCACCUUCCUCCUUGAAACAUUUACUGUUAAGUUGAACGAUACUUCAGGGAACUACACACUACUACCUUCUCUCCAGUCAGAGAUGGCAUGCCCCAAACAUGAUACAGUGAGCUAAAAUAAUUGCUGUUUUAAAGCCAGCUAAGCCAGUAAGAUUACUGGGCAUGAGCUGCUAGACAAAUACAGUACUCUAGCAACCUGCAAUUACCAAAUUGAUGCAAAAGAAUGACAUUGCUGUUUUCU